GACGAGGAUGACUCGAGUUACGGCAGCCGGCAGAGAGCCACCCUGUCCAACACCGCGUGUCAUCCGCAAUACGUCGUGUCGUAACGAGUAGUAUAUCCGAAAAUCCACAGUAUAACAUAAUAAUCAUCUGCUCGAUCGUAACGAGGGACUUGAACAGACCGUUUAACCGCGAGACUCAACGACAAGGGAUCGUCGGGCGUUUCUUUUUCCGAGCUACCGAGCGGAAAACCGGCCAGUUUCGAAAAAGAAAAAGAAACAAAACACUCUCUUCCUCGAUCUAGCUCUCCCUCUGCCUCUGGCGAGAGUCUCGAGGAAGAUAUAGGGACGACCCGACCACCAGCAGCUGCAGCCACGGUCGCAAAUCACGACUUAUGCGUCUGUACCGAGCAGAAACAUCCAGGAUAUCAUCCAGAGGGAAAGGAUCGGUGUACAGCAAAGGCGGCGGUAGUAGGACACUGUCCAAGCGAUUUCUAAACGGCAACAUCAUCACUUUCGAUCGGUCUAAUCGUUCGUUACGAACCACUUGUGAGUUAACAACACCAACCUUGUACUCAGGCUUUCUUAGGGGCACAAGCAACGGACAGGCAGCGUGUAUGAUCAUUGAAGAAUAUCCCCCUCUGCCCACCAAACCGAGGCAAUAUUUGCAUCAAGAUACCACCCAACGAUUUCUGAAUCAUCUAGUCCUGCCUAAGCACAGGACCUCAAAAUUUUCCAGUAAUAGGCAUCGAAAGCUACAGCCGUUCAGAGAAACGUGACUGGUGUCAGCGGGUAGUGCGGCACUCGUUACCGCAGACAACGAAAAUCACCCUGACUCGACACGUAACGAGCUACCAUCGGGUAGCCAUUGCCUGGCAACGUCGCUGCACAGCAAUCAAACUGCCGCUGGGAAACGUGGAAAGUAGAUCCAGAAGGACGCGGACGAAGACGUUACCUACUUGAACGAGAGGGAGAGCGAGAGCGG